GACGCCGUCAACCAUCGGAGAAAAAAGGAAACUGAUAGAGAGUCCACAGAGGCGCAGUCAUCCUGGCAGAGAGACAGUCUAUCAGUGUAGUUUCUAAGGGACAUUCGAAGCAGCGCUCUGUAUUUAUCCUACAGCUGAGAUUCGUUCACCGAUCGUCGGAGGGUGUGUGUGUCUAUGUGAACAAACGUCAACAGAAAAAUAGUGCCUCCGACACAUUUAGAAAGAAUGUUGUCGAAUAUUAUGAAAGAGCACAGUCAACGGAUGAAUCAGAGGCGCGAUGAGUUAGAAUACAAACGAAAGGUGGCCAUAAAUGCCACGAACGAAUUCACCUCGCUUAUGAUGGACCAUCUCAAUGUUGGAGUGGCACAGGCGUACCUCAAUCAGAAAAAGCUUGACUCCGAGGCAAAACAGUUAGCUGCACACAGCCAGCAGUUGCUCCGCCAGUCAGAACAAUGGGCUAACCUCUUAGACGGCUUCCACAAAAUCCUAAAGGAGAUCGGCGAUGUGGAUAAUUGGGCUCGAACGAUAGAAGCUGACAUGAAAACAGUGUCCUCUGCUCUCGAGUAUGCUUACAAUGUUGAUAAACAGGAAUGUAUACAGCAAACGUCCCGAGAAUCGCCAUCGACGUUAUAGUGUGUAUAAUCCCGAACUAGCUAUCAUCACAAGCACGAAAAUGCAAAUAUGAAGCUACACAAUAAAUUACAAUUUUUUUGAACUGUUUUUACUCAAGGAAGAGCGCUUAAACUAAACGAUACAAUCUUCUUAGAAAUAGAACAGAAGAUAUUAUAUAGUAGUAAAUAGACGUAUUUAAUCUAAUACGAAAGAUAUGCGUAGUACACCAAGAGCGCUAAUUUCGUUUUCAACUGAAAGGAUAUCAGCUCAGGUAGUAUUUGUACAUUACAAUACAUUUUUAAUAAAUAAACCAAAAAUUGGACGCAA